AUGUCGCCGGUCACCGCGCUCCUGGCGGGCACGGCCGUGCCGCCGGCCCCGUACCCGUCCCCGGCGCCGGCGAGGCAGCACGCCCGCCACUACUCCGUCGGCUCCCCCUCGCUCCCCAGCGGCGGCGGGCGCGCGGCGCUGGCGGUGGAGUGCUCGUCGCGGCCGCAGAAGAAGGGGACCAAGCACCACAUGAAGACGCGGCCCAAGAAGACGCAGCCGUGGGACAUCAAGCGCCGCCCCACGCAGUACCCGCCGCUGCCGCCGCUCCCGCCCGACUGGACGCUCGUCGCGUCCGGCGCCACGGUCGACGUGGAGGAGGCCACCGCCGCGACCCCCGUCCUCGAGGUGGCCGAGGCCGUCGCCGCACCCGCCGCCGCCGACUGA